GCCUCCGGGUUAACCAAUCUCUGAGGAAAGUACUACAAGGAAGGAGAGUGCAAUCCAGCAAAUGCCGGCAUUGCUUUUCCUUCCUCCACACCUCGUUAGAGGAUUCUUUACUUGCAUUUCCAUAGAUCCUAUGUCCGUUAGUCGAUCGGGCCAUUUCGAGCAUGUCUUCAUACCGGCAUAACGGGCCGACAAGCCGCAUUAUCAGCCUCAUACAUAAGCUAGGUGUUGACAAGCAAGGUAAUUGCGUGGACUCGGCACCUUUCUUUGUGUCCACCAUGACUGGCUCGUGCAGGACCUGUCUCUCUGAGCUCGAUGCGCCUGUCUGUCUGCCGUGCGGCCAUAUAUAUUGUUCGGCAUGUCUGGACACCCACAUCGUGGGCCAUACAUCUGUAGAGCAGGGCGUCCAUACCUCAUGGUGUCCAUAUUGUCGAGAUAGGUUCCCUCUUGGAAAGCCAGACAGUAACCUCAAACGGGUUCCACUAAAAUUCCGGCCCUACGUCAUAGCUGCCUAUCGUCGACUCUUUCCAGGCGAGGAACCCGACAGAUCUGAAGAUACUCCUAGAACAAAGGAAGAACUGCGAACACUGAGAGAGCGACUCAAAUCUGAAUCCCGAUCCAACCGCCGAAAAGAGAGAGAGAUCAAACGGCUAAACAGAGUACUGAGACAGAGGGGAGCUGUUUUUCGUGGCAAUCUUCGCUUGAGGGAUGUCUCGGACGCCAUAUCCAACCCCAGGUUGUUAGCUUUUGGAACACCGAUGCUUCGUAUGUUGGUUGCAUUUGCGGUGAUGAAAAAGACACCUUCCCAGGCUUUGCCUGGGUGGGUUACUUUAAGCCCUGCUUACAACCAAACACUGAUGUACUGACCGAAUCCUUUCCUAUUGGGCUCCGUGGCACUGUAUCUUCCCUUCAUUUUGACAUCCCAUCUACCUGUACAUGUUAUAUUAUGGCGACCACAAUACUUAUAUACAUGUAGUACACAUAUCUUGUUCUUUCUUCUUGACCCCCACCAUCAUAUUUACCAUACCCCGCCUUUCGUCUUCCCUUGUACGUCUACUACUACCGGUAGUCUUCUGCAAUACAGACACUCUCCCCGUUCUCUCCCUCAUAUUGUAAGUCACCCCCACCGCUGGGCAUGAGUGAUUUUUGAAAUAAAAUUGUACAUAAAAUGAAGCAGUUGAUCCCAAAAUCAGUCUGACCUUAACCCGAGUGAAAAUGGAAGAGCCAUUUAAAGUGUGACAGAAUAACUUCCAUAAG